UACAGAUAAAUAUACAUGAAUAUAUCGUACCGUGUGCAAUUAUUUGUAUUUUCUCGGGUCAAAGUCCGAAAGUUUGGUUAUAACAACUCCAUCGAACGUCAACGACAGUACGAAAAACAAUGGCAAUGCAGUGCUUGAGAUUACUUGCAAAUAAUGUGUCCAGAGGUGCAUGCAUUGUCAAUGUCAGCCGACACAUUACCUCGCAUUCUAUGCUGCCAGACACACAUAAAAUGUUGUACAAAACAUGCAGAGACUUCGCCGAGGAGGAAUUAAAACCUAUCGCAGCAGAGUCUGAUAAAAAACAUCUUUUUCCAAAGGAGCAGAUCAAGAAGAUGGGCGAACUGGGUCUUAUGGGUUUAUGCAUCCCUGAAGCACUAGAUGGAACAGGACUAGAUUAUUUGGCUUAUGCUAUAGCUAUGGAAGAAAUCUCUAGAGGUUGUGCAAGUGCUGGAGUUAUAAUGAGUGUGCAAAAUUCCCUCUUCUUAGGCCCUAUAGACGCAUUCGGGACUGAUACACAGAAAGAAAAAUACAUUGUUCCCUAUAUGAGCGGUGAGAAGAUCGGCUGUUUUGCUCUCAGUGAACCAGGUAAUGGGUCUGACGCUGGUGCAGCGUCUACCACUGCCAAAGCGGACGGCAGCGUUUAUACGAUUAACGGUACCAAGUCGUGGAUAACAAAUGCGUUCGAAGCCAGUGCAAUAGUUCUCUUUGCGACGACUGACAAAUCCAAGAAGCACCAAGGUAUAAGCGCUAUCCUAGUGGACAGUCCGACAGCAGGCCUGAGCCUGGGUAAGAAAGAGGACAAAUUGGGUAUACGAGGUAGCAGCACUUGCUCCCUGAUCUUCGAGGACUGUGAAGUGCCGCAAGAUAACACUUUAGGCAAACCAGGGAUGGGCUUUAAAAUCGCAAUGAUGGCUCUAGAUGCUGGCAGAAUAGGAAUCGCUGGACAAGCGUUGGGCAUAGCUCAAGCAUCCUUGGAUUGCGCAAUGGAUUAUGCGUCCAAACGCCAAGCCUUCGGCCAGUCGAUCAUCAAGUUGCACACGAUUCAACAAAAAAUCGCUGAUAUGGCUCUAAAAUUGGAAAGUUCAAGACUGUUGACGUGGCGAGCGGCUCAACUUAAGGAUAGUGGUAAACCGUACACAAAGGAAGCCGCUAUGGCCAAAUUGUCAGCAUCGGAAACCGCCACAUUCUGCGCUCAUCAGUGCUUACAGAUUCUGGGAGGGAUGGGAUACGUGUCGGAUAUGCCGGCGGAACGUUAUUACAGGGACGCGCGUAUCACGGAAAUCUAUGAAGGCACAUCGGAGAUCCAGAGACUUGUGAUCGCUGCGAAUCUCAUCAAAGAGUACGGCCUCAAUUGAGAUCGCACGACUCACUCACGAUAACAAGUGUAAUACGAACCGCGUACAUGUGUGAAACUCUCAUAUUUAACAAAACGAACGACGAAGUCGUGGAACAAAGACGGACUCCAUUAAAGUUACGAGCUUGUUUGAACGACACAGAUGUGCCUUAUUUCGAUCGGUUUUCUCUCGUCGAUAAAAUGGUGAAUAAAUACGUGCCCAUGUUUCUCUGUUUUCUCGUAUGUGUCUGAUACAUUGAGUACAAAUACUAUGUGCACUGUCGCGACUACCACUGUUCGUACAUGAAUACGAAGAUAAAAGCUACCUUAGACUACAUGCCUUCCAACGAGAAAAUACAGAGAAUACAUUUACUUUGUGCAAAUGACAGUUAAAUUAUAUACUUCUCGUUACUGUUCUUCAAUCUUUAAUCGUAUAUUUAAUUAUAUGUAGAUCCUAUUACUAGGUGAGAAUGCUGCUGCGAUUCCAACCCAUUAAAAGACUACUUUACUCUCAUUUCAUUCUAGGAGUCAAUUCAGUGAAAAUAAAUGUAAUUAUUUUCAAAAUAAACUUUAAAAUGUCUCGUAUAUAACGAGCUUUGCUCUUGUUAUGAAUGAGAUAGUUACAAAAUUAUCUUUUUUUGUCACAAUAUUUUUUUACAUACUGAAGAAAAAAAAUUAAAAUUUAAGAAUGAUCGCAUAGUCUGUAACAGGUUACGAGCAGCGUUCCAGAAUACUUUGUCGGUUGUACUAAGAGAUCCAUUGGAAUGCAAAAGAAACAUUUAUAUAUAUGUAUACUUUGAAUUUCAUUGUGUAUGCCUCUUUCUUUUUAUAUAUAUACAAUAACGCACUCUUUCGCCGUUCACCCACUGUCACCAAUAUUGAAAUAGCCUAAACUCUGCUUCUCUACAUAUGUGUGUAUAUGUAUAUCGGUGUGAGCACUUUACAUAGAAUACAUCAUCUCCCCGUCCUCAGUAAACAAUUUAGAGUGUAAUAUGUUAAUAACAUUAUUGUUAGCAUCGCAGUAUAAUUAAAAAAUCCAUCAGUUUGGUCCUAACUCUUUAGGGAAUAGGUACAUAUACACGUCUCGCGCUCGUUGAUAACGAACAUAAUGAAAGAAUAGAGGAACAUUAUAGAUUGAAAUCUACCGUAGUACCUUGCCUCGUGGGAUCGUAGAGAGAUCCCAUGAAAUAACAAUAGAUAUACAUUUAAGAUCCUUAGAAUUUUUCAAAUCGAUCCUCCUGAUCACAUAUACACUUUCGUAGAAUUGAGAAAAUACUCUCGAGCUUUCUUUCGAAAAUACACAAUCUAAUACAUCACACUUUCAGUUGAAAUAAUAGUUCGAGAUACAGAUCAUUAAUAUGCAACAUUUAGAUUUUCAAUUGUACAUUAAUAUAUUAAACUGUGGA